AAUGCAAGCCCAUUUUUUAGAGAAGGAAGCUCUAGCUGAUAUCUUUAGUCAAAUAAAAGAUGUAGAUGAGCAAAUUUUUGGUGUCAUAUUAGAAAAAUUAAGAAAGGAAAAAGUUUAAGACAUCAUUGGAUAUCUUUCAGAUAACAGGAAUCAAAGCCAAUUAGAAUCAUGUAUCUUACAAAAAGGAGUUGAUAUCACCCAGGAUGAUAAAGAGUAGAAAAUGUCUGUUGUUAGAAAUAAUAUCAAAUAAAUCAUAGAAGUCUUAAGAAAAUUAAAAGACCAUGACUUCAAUAAGAUAGACUAUUCCUCUGAAGAAAAUGAAGAAUCAAAAUUAAGUCUUAUUAGAAGCAUCAAGAAAAAUUAAGGAAUCAUUGAAUUUCUCUAAUUUCUAGUUCACCUAACAUCUAUAGAUGACAUUUUAAUAUAAUGUGGGUCUAAUUCAUUCCAUUUAUUAGUUUGGAUGAAGAUAAACCUUAGUAACAAAAAUUUUGAAAACAUAAAAAUCUUAAAUACUUCUUUGGUGGGAGCGAAUUUUUUUAGGUGUAAUUUUAGUGGAUCCUAAUUUGACAAUGUAGAUAUCAGCGGAUUGAACUUAAAUAGAGCGAUAUUAUUGAAUUGUAAAUGGAACAACUUAAGAAUCCCGGAAGUAAAUAAAUUAGAUGAUCAUAAAGACGAAGUAAGAUCAAUUUGUUUCUCUCCUGAUGGAGAAACAUUAGCUUCUGGAGGUGGUAGGUCAUAUGGAGAUGGUGAUUGCUCUAUCGGUCUAUGGGAUGUCAAAACAGGAUAAAAAAAAGCCUAAUUGGAUGGCCAUUCUAGCUGUGUCUGGUCAGUAUGUUUCUCUCCUGAUGGAAAUACAUUAGCUUCUGGUAGUGAUGAUAAAUCUAUUCGUUUAUGGGAUCUUAAAACAGGAUAAUAAAAAGCCUAAUUGAAUGGUCAUACUAGCUCAGUCUGUUUCUCUCCUGAUGGAAAUACAUUAGCUGCUAGUGAAUAUUUGUCUAUCUGUUUAUGGGAUAUUAAGAGUAAGAAAAAAUAGGCUAGUUUGGAUGAUCAUACUAAGACUAUCUGGUCAGUUUGUUUCUCUCCUGAUGGAAAUACAUUAGCUUCUGGUAGUGAAGAUAAGUCUAUCCGUCUAUGGGAUGUCAAAACAGGAUAAAAAAAAGCCUAAUUGGAUGGCCAUUCUAGCUGUGUCUGGUCAGUAUGUUUCUCUCCUGAUGGAAAUACAUUAGCUUCUGGUAGUGAUGAUAAAUCUAUUCGUUUAUGGGAUCUUAAAACAGGAUAAUAAAAAGCCUAAUUGAAUGGUCAUACUAGCUCAGUCUGUUUCUCUCCUGAUGGAAAUACAUUAGCUGCUAGUGAAUAUUUGUCUAUCUGUUUAUGGGAUAUUAAGAGUAAGAAAAAAUAGGCUAGUUUGGAUGAUCAUACUAAGACUAUCUGGUCAGUUUGUUUCUCUCCUGAUGGAAAUACAUUAGCUUCUGGUAGUGAUGAUAAGUCUAUCCGUCUAUGGGAUGUCAAAACAGGAUAAUAAAAAGCCAAAUUAGAUGGUCAUGAGGGAUAAGUAAUGUCAGUCUGUUUCUCUCCUGAUGGAAAUACAUUAGCUACUGCUAGUAAAGAUGAAUCUAUCUGCCUUUGGGAUGCAAAAACAGGAGAAUAAUAAACCAAAUAAGAUGGGUAUGAGUUUGGUGCUUUUUCAGUUUGUUACUCUCCUGAUGGAAAUACAUUAGCUAUAGGUGAACAUAUGGAUAUCUGUUUAUGGGAUGUCAAAACAGGAAAAACAAAAACCACAUUCAAAGAUUUUGAUUUGUAAGUUAACUCAGUCUGUUUCUCUCCUGAUGGAAAUACAUUGGCAUCUGGUAGUAACAAUAAAUCCAUCCGCCUUUGGGAUGUCAAAACAGGAUAAAAAAAAGCCUAAUUGGAUGGUCAUACUAGCUUUGUCUGGUCAGUCUGUUUCUCUCCUGAUGGAAAUACAUUAGCUUCAGGUAGUGGAAAUUUCUGGGGGGACGAUUUCUCUAUCCGAUUAUGGGAUAUAAAAACAGGAUAAUUAAAAGCCAAAUUUGAUACUCCUUUUUAUUUGGUAAAAUCAGUCUGUUUCUCUCCUGAUGGAGAUACAUUAGCCUCUGGUAGUAGUGAUACGUCUGUCUAUCUUUGGGAUAUCAAAACAGGGUAAUAAAAAGCCAAAUUUGAUGGUCAUGUAAGAGAAGUUAACUCAGUCUGUUUUUCUCCUGAUGGAAAUAUAAUAGCUUCUGGUAGUAGUGAUAAGUCUAUCCUUCUAUGGGAUUUGAAAACAGGGUAAUAAAAGGCCAAAUUACACGGUCAUGCUAGUGAUAUCAACUCGGUCUGUUUCUCUCCUGACGGAAAUACAUUAGCCUCUGGCAGUAAUGAUAACUCUAUCCGUCUUUGGGAUGUCAAAACAGGAUAGAUAAUUUAAUCUUCUGAUUAAAAAAACAAAAAUUUAGUAAACCCCAAUUUGGAUAGUAUUAAUUUUUAUUUUAUUUUAGCUUACUUUACAAGGUUACGUAUAAGCAAAUACUUAUAUUUUGAAGCAUUUGCUGCUUUAAUCUUUAAUGGAAAAUUCGUAAAUCGCUAAGGCAAAGACUUAAUUUAUCUAUUCAAGAAUAGGGGAGCUUGUAUUUUACAGGAUUCACUAAAUAUCCUAACGAAUACAAUUUAUGAGUGA